AUGCCAAUUUUAUCCGUUUCUACACCAUCUUCAAGUUCCAACAGUACAGAAACGAUGCCCAUCAUUAUAGAAAAGCCAGCUGUAGUACUAGCAGCCGCAUCAACAUCAGCAUCAGCAACGCCGUGUGAUUGCAGUGUGCCUUGUUGCAAACAACAUGCAACCGAGUCUGUGAAAGAUGUAUCCAAGCAGCUACCAAACAACCGAAAAAAGAGAAACACUUCGUUGGUCUCUCGUGACGAAGAUGAUUAUUGGGUUGAUAUCUCCAACAAGAGACUGAGAAAUACUCGUUUGGGCGCAUUGUAUGCUGGUUCUCGUUUUAAAGGUGUACAGAAAUGUGGUAUUAGCAAAUACAAUGUGAUGGUGGACAUUCAGCAUGUUGAUUUAAAGGAGAGCAAAAUCAGUGGAUAUUUGAAUAUUGAAGGACUCACGAAUGAGUGUCCAGAAUUAACAACAUUCUUCGAAGGCGAAAUUAUUGGACCUCAAUACCCAUUCUUGACUAGAAAAUGGCAAGCACAGCAAUACAUUGAUGCGUUGCAUUGGGGCAAAUUUCCUUCCUUUGAACCAUACUUGCAUACCUUCAACGACGACGAUUUCACAUAUGAUCCAUUUGACAAUGAUUUCAUCUACAUGCGUUGGAAGGAGCAUUUUUUGGUGCCUGAUCACUGCGUGAGUAAUAUUGAAGGAGCCAGUUUUGCAGGCUUUUAUUACAUUUGCUAUCAACGUUCCACCAAUGAAAUCAAAGGUUUCUACUUUUACCACAACAACCCUGAAUGGUUCCAGCAAUUGGUAUUGGAGCAUGUGGAGGAACACUCUUUCAGCAAUUUUGAAUUUCGUUGA